AAGCUAGCUGGCCUCGAGAUGCACUGCAAGGUACUAUAGGUACCGUAUACUGCGUGCACUGCACAAUCACAGCAAUACAGUCGAUCGGGGGGCUCCGGGUCAAACAGGCACAGUGUGUUAAUAAAUCAAAGAUGGAUAAAUAGCGUUCUGGCCAAGAAAUCAACUUAAUAUUUCUACAUUAACUGGAUUCUGACAAAAGAAGAGAAAUAAUGGCAUGCCGUCUGUUGCAGUUCAGGAAAUUCAACCAAACUUUGCGAGGUGCAUUCGCUAACUCAACAAAUUCAUUGACACUGGCUCGAUGCAUCUCGUGUAGCAGGACAACACGGAACGGAAAAGAACCGGCAGAAACAGGUGAUUUGAAGAAGCGAUGGAAGGACAAGGCGGAGACUGUUGUUAUUGGGGGCGGGGCUGUUGGUGCUGGAAUAGCGUACAGCCUUGCUAAGGCUGGUAUGAAGGAUGUUGUUCUUUUAGAAAAGAGUGAGCUUACAGCGGGAUCAACAUGGCAUGCAGCUGGAUUAACAACAUACUUCCAUCCAGGGAUUAAUGUAAAGAAUGUGCAUUACACAAGUCUUAAGAUAUUUGAUCAGUUGGAGGAAGAGACUGGACAGGCUGUUGGAUUCCACAAACCUGGUAGUAUACGAAUCUUAUCAAGCCCAGAUAGGAUGGAUGAAGCAAAGUAUCAGAUGUCUAGACAAGGAUGGAAUAAAGCUUAUCAGAAACUUCUUACUCCUGAAGAAGUUGAAGAACUUUGCCCAAUUAUUAACAUUGAUGGGGUCUUGGGUGGUAUCCACAACAUUGAAGAUGGUCAUAUAGAUCCAUACUCCUUGACUCAAGCCUUAGCUAUAGGAGCUCGUAAGUAUGGAGCUGAUAUCUACAUGCCUGCACCUGUCUCUGGUCUGAAGCAAUGUGAUGAUGGAACGUGGGAUGUUGAGACCAAUGAGGGUACCAUUCAUGCUCAGAGAGUUGUCAAUGCUACAGGAUUUUGGGCUAAAGAGGUAUGUCAGAUGAUUGGUCGUGACCUGCCAAUGAUCUCAGCCCAUCAUCAGUACAUGGUGACCUCUACGAUCCCAGAGGUCAAAGCUUUGAAGGGUGAGAUCCCUGUGAUGAGAGACCUGGAGGGAUCCUACUACCUCCGUAUGGAGCGGGAUGGGCUCCUGUGUGGACCCUAUGAGAAGGAGCAUAAAAUGAAGCUCCAGGAUGAAUGGGCGGAGAAUGGAGUGCCUCCAGGUAAAUUCUUCAUCUUUAUCGAACCACUCCUUGUGAAUUUUGAAGUGCUUGCAAAUCAGGGGGUAGGAGGUACAUGUAUUCAUCAACAGGUCUUGGAGCUACCUCAUCGGCUUACAACUUGUACUUGUUUUUGAUUGGCUAAGAAGUACUUGGUCUCUGACUGUUGAUAUGGUAGCUGUCAGACAAUUAGAACUUUUGAAAGUUUUGAAAAGCAUGAUGCACUGAUCCAAUUAUUUUUAAGAUAGGCACAUGGACAAGGCAAGAAUGGGUUAGUGGCAUGACAGUGCAACACUCAAUUGAUUUUAACAAGAAUUGAAUCUGACAAUUCACCAUCUAUUCUUAAAGAAUCUUCACAUAUCUACCUCCAAUUGCAUUAUUUCUUUGAACAUUCCAUCACUCUUUUCCAUCAUUACAGUGGUAAUCUCAGUGUUAUCAAAGCAUAUAUGUGUGAGCUAACCACAGUUCUCUUUAAUACUAGGUCCUAGCAUUCAGUCACUUUAAAUAUUUACUGAACUAAACAAACAUAGAACUCGCGUCACAUGUAAGCCGAUUGGAUUCAAAGUUCAAAGGUCUCCAUACGAUAACAAUGAAUACUGUUAUAGCUUCCGUAUAGUUCUCCUACAAUUUCAUCCAUUAAGCCUAAUUAUUGUGAUCAUUCUUGGGAUAAUUUGUCAAGUCAUCAGUUUGUGUUCAUCUCUAAAAUGUAGGAUAUUAUUAACAGAGGCUUUCUUGAUAUUACAUGCAAAUUCCAUUAGAUACACAAAUCUAAAUAGAUAGAAUAUAUAAAUAAGAAAAAUAAUAGGAAAUAAAAUUUGAAUUCUAAGUUGCAUAAAAUGUGUACAGAAGUGUACAUGCUAUUGCUCUUUAUUACAAUCUGCUUUUCAUCAUCCUCUUAUCUUUAAUAUUUAAAUAUUAAUAUUUCAUAAAUUCUUGGUUUUCAUACAUGUUAAUCAGUGGUUGUAUCGGGAAAGGGAAACUUUAGUUUUGGUAGACUUGUGAAUUUGGUAGCAAGAUUAAAACUACAGAAGGGUUUAUCUCUUCCAUAUUAAUUUGAAAAGUGAUGUAAAGUGACAUACAAUCAAUUAUUGUAGAAGGAAAUUUCCAACAAAAUAAAAAAAUACAAUCAUGCAUGAAUGUUAAUAUGAAGACAAAUGUAUAUUAUACAGCAUUUACCAACAGAUCUAAUUAAUGCAUAUUGAGGUUUCUUGGAUUUGAAUUUGAAAUAUUGAUGUCAUCAGCAGUUUCUUCCUCGAAGAACUUUGGUCCCUUGCCACCCCAUUUAGAACUAUUGACAUUUUUCUCAGACAAACAAACAUGCACUUUAUCAGUUAUUUACAUAAUCUGGGGGUGGUUUCACAAAGAUUUAAGUGUGACUAAAAGUCCUGCUUAAGUGCUAACGUCUGCUUGAUAUUUAAUGUGUAAACUCAAUGACUGAUGUAGGUGGUAGGGCAUGUCAACUGACUGUAAUCUGAACAAUAAGGUGAUGCAUGUUUGUCCUACGCAACAAAUCUAUAUGUAAAUUUGAAUUUGAAAUCUUUGUGAAAUGCCCCCCACCAGUAUGCUCCAUGGCUUUUAGUCAGCUAAUAAAACACAUAAGACAACGACUAACAUUGUGCAUGAAUUCUCUAUUCUUGCCAUUAUUUUUUUGAGCAUUUGUUUAAAUUCAACUGUAAAGAUAGGUGUAAAAACAAUUCUUUGACAAAAAUGUGAAUACAAUAAACACUCGGGCGUUUUUGUAUAAAAAAAAUCUUCAAGGCAUUCCGAGGCCCUUAG